AUGGUAAACCAAAGAAUAAGGACAACUUUAAGUGUUACUAUUAAUCCUCAUUUGUAUCAACGGCUAAAAGAAGAAAUCGGUAGUCGCAAAAUUAGUGGAUUUGUGGAGAAGGCUAUUGCUAAGGAAUUAGGUGCGUAUGAUAAUAAAUUAAAAAGAGAGCAGAAAGCAUUUGAAAAAAAACUAAUUACUGGAUAUAAAAGAGAUGCUGACAAAACUCCUAAUAAGGAAGAUAAAAUGUGGGAAGAAGCCAGAAAAAAUGAAAAGCGAAGAUUUUUAUUACCUGAGUGCCGAAAGAGUUCAUCUUUGCUAGACUUAUUUUCUCCAGAUUCAUCAUUUAUUCAGUAUUCGAGUUAUCCGAGUCUUCGUUUAAGGUCAGUUCCUCCACCUCCUCCACUCACCAUCAAAACUAUAUUUCACCAUUUAAACCCCGCUUAUAAAAAAAGAGAAACUGAGGGAAAUUAUGGUCCUGAAGAUGGCUUUAUUAGGCACGAAGAAGCCGGACUUGUCACCUAUAGAGGAUUUAAUGAAGAUAUUUGUCAUUCUCUAAAUAAAAUGGGAUCAGGCUAUUUAAAAUACAAGACCUUAGAAUCUCUGGUGGAGGAUAUAGAUGUCGGAUAUAAGAUUAAUAGAAGCGGCAUCCCAAGACCAUGUUUCCCGACUGAAGUUAAAUCAACAAUUUUGCUAAUUGACGAGCCUGAAUUGUUCCUCCAUCCUUCCUUAAUUGCUGAUCUAGCAAGUUUGAUUAAAAGAGCCGCCAAGAAUGACGCUACAGUAAUUUUCACUACCCAUUCACCAGACCUUUUAGGACAUUUUAUUGAAGAUUUAUUUGGCGAAGAAAAUAAUGUUGAUUUAAUUAUGGCCCAAAGGGAUGAAAAUAAUUUCAAUUUGAAAAAACCUUUGUACUUUCAGAAAAUCAUAAAAGAGAUUAUUGAUUCUGACGUUAAAGGUAAUGUAGGGAUUAUUGAGAAAAAAAUAAAAAAAGGUUAUGAAGAAUUUGCUGACAAGAAAAGAGAAAACAAAGUACUUUUUGUGGAAGGAAUGUCAGAUUACAUUUUGUUCAACAACAUUUUGAGAAAGGAAUUAUAUGAGGAAUUAAAAGAGAUUGAAGUAAUUCCUAUUUUUGAUGAUGAUCGAAAUUUAGACAAAAAAGAAAAUCUAAAAAAUAAGGUUGAGAGCAACAGGCAUGAAAAAUUUUGGAAAAAAUAUGGGGAGGGGAAAGUUAAAAAUAAAAAAGGAGAAAUUCUCCAUAGUGAUAAAUUAGUCAUCGAUAUCUCAGGAACAACAAAAAGUGCUGACAUAAAAGAAGUUAAGAAAAAUGUAAUUGAGCAAAUAUCUCAAUGCUUAAAAAAAAAUAAACUUAAGUCUACUGAGUUAGACUCUAAUUUGUGA